AUGGUGCCACGUGUAUCUUCACAGUAACUUCAAGCACGAGCACAUACUUCGUCUGCUCGGCGUCUGUCUCGACAACGAUCCUAACUUCAUCAUUCUGGAGCUGAUGGAGGGAGGGGACCUGCUGUCAUACGUGCGCGUGGAGAGACCCACACAGGUUCACAAGUCUAAGAUGUGUAUAAAGGAUCUCGUUCACAUAUGUGUCGACGUCGCCAAGGGUUGCAAGUAUCUCGAAGAGAUGCACUUCGUUCACAGAGAUCUCGCUGCGAGAAACUGUCUCGUCUCUACCAAGGACCCGGCCACCCGCGUCGUCAAGAUAGGCGACUUUGGCCUCGCCAGAGACAUCUACAGGAACGACUACUACCGUAAGGAAGGCGAGGGCUUGCUACCCGUUCGCUGGAUGUCGCCGGAGUCUCUCGUCGACGGCGUCUUCACCAACCAAUCGGACAUGUGGGCGUUCGGCGUGUUGCUCUGGGAGGUGAUGACGCUCGGUCAGCAGCCCUACCCCGCGCGCAACAAUCUGGAGGUGCUCAACUUCGUGAGGGGCGGAGGCAAGCUGGACCCGCCGCAGAACUGCCCCGACGAAAUGUAG